AUGACCUUUCUUUCACAGUCCCCGCAUUUUGUAGGCCAUGACGUCCUGGGAUUGGCGUCGCCUAGAGGACUGCGUAAUGCAGGCAGACACUUUUCGCAAUUUUUUCUUGGGAGAGAUUACGAAAUCAUCACCACUCCUGUUGACGUUUCUAAAUCACUCCGCCUCAAUACCCUCAUUCCAUAUUCCAUGCUGCAGGAUGUUCCUUGCAUCAACAACUUGCUUCCGGUCGAGAUUAUCGGGGAGAUCUUUCGGCACUACGUGUUCGAUGUAAAUCCCGACCCCAUCACUGGGUAUUCGCGCAUUACCGCUCAUGCGGGAGCGCGGACGAGCGCCAUAUCCCUCUGCCAUGUUUGUUCGUACUGGCGCACCCUUGCAUUCUCCAUCUCCAACCUCUGGUCUUCACUUUGCGUGAUUUGGCCCAAGAUGGGCUACAUCCAUCUAGUGCGGCUUUGGCUGGAAAAAUCGAGGUCGCGUCCUCUCUCCCUCUACCUUGCUCAGUACCAUUCUUCGGAGGACCACGAUAUUGUUGCCAUGAGGCAAAUUCUCGAACUUUGCAUUGCUACUGCCCCGAGGUGGCGAGAUAUAUCUCUCAAUGUAACUCACGCUUUGCAAGAUAUGUUUUAUGGGUUGGAAGAAGGUUCUAUAGAAUUCCUGGAGUCUUUCGACGUCGGCCUUUCGAAGUGGAGCCAAUGCCAACAAAGCCAAUUACUCAAUGCGUUUUACGCCUCUCCAUUCCUCCGGCGAGUCGAGUGGCGCUUAUUUGAGCGCGCUCUUCCUGCAAACCCACCUUGGAAGCAACUUUCAGCGGUGACGUUGAAUUGCCAAUGCGACGCUGAGGAAUUUUUCACCGUUCUUUCACAAUGUGAUAGGUUGGAAUCUCUCGAUGUUAAUGUUCGAUUCAUUGUGUCGGCGUCACCCACUUCACAUUCCACCUUGUCACUCCCCAAUCUCUUUGAUCUGAGAUUGGGUAUGAUGUCCACAAAAGAUUUUGAAUUAUUAUUCAAUUAUUUGGUUUUGCCUCGAUUGGAAAUCAUCGAUAUGCGACAUGGUUUUGAGGAUUCCUCUCCUCAGGGAUGGAUAUCUCUUCGAAAUCUUCUUUCUCGAUCUUUCUGUCAGUUAUCUAGCUUCACGUAUGGCGGUUACAAUCUGGACGAAGCUGAAUUUAUUAGUGCUUUGACUUCUUCCAACCUAUCAUCCCUGGUCGACCUCUCACUCUCCCUACCUAUCACAGAUAACAUAAUCGGUUCCCUGACAAACGAACAAAUACGCCAUGAGUCUCCACCACUGCCGCUGCUGAGACACCUGGCAUUCAGUAACUGCCAGACGUCGGACGGCGUCUUAUCGACUUUUGUCAGCUCCAGGAUGCUAACACUCAGAUCCGUUGAGGUUUACCUACGCGGUGUCUCAGCGUAUUCAGCUGAUCUGACGGCGAUGAAAAGUUUUCAACGGGAAAACCUUGCCAUUAACAUUGUCUUGUAUAGCGAAGUAUCGAAUUUGCGCAACAGCGUCGUCGCAUGA